CUACUGAUGAUUCCAUUCUCAAAAAUACAGCAUUGAUUACAGUUUUAGUUGAUAAAGUAGUUUAAAUGAUCAAUGUGUUCGUUUUUGACUGCUAACGUUUUGAGAUUUGAUUCUUAACUUUUGAUAGCGUUUAGUUUGGUAAGUAAUGGCAUUACUGUAUGUCGUGGUGAGUGGAGUCCUUCUCGCUGCUGUAGUAUUAAUAACAGUGUUCAUUUUACGAUUAUUUGGGAUUUUACGACAUGCAUCUGAAUAUAAACCAGGACAGAAGGGUUCUGUGUCACUGCUGGUGGUCGCAGGAUCAGGAGGACACACAACAGAAAUUGUCCGUUUGAUGGGGAGUUUAUCUCGGUCUUAUAACCCUCGCCACUAUGUGAUCGCAGACACCGAUAAAAUGAGCGAAGAGAAGAUCCGAACAUUUGAAGCAGAGCAGGAGAAAAGCGGUUCACCCUCUCAGUUCACUAUUCACCGGAUUCCUCGCAGUCGGGAGGUGCGUCAGUCGUGGAGUUCCUCUGUUCUGAGUUCCCUCAGCGCUCUGAUGUCGUCCGUCCCGCUGGUCUUUAGGCUUCAGCCGGAUAUAAUCGCACAGAAAUAUGACCAACAGAAGGAGGACGAGCUUCGUUUCUGGAUCGAGGAGGUGACUGGCAUGCCGAUCGGAGACAGCUUUCAGAAAGGGCUCAAGGAUGGCGUCAUACUGUGCGAAUUGAUAAACAAGCUUCAGCCUGGAUCAAUAAAAAAAAUAAACCAUUCACAGUUAAACUGGCAUAAGCUAGAGAACAUCGGGAAUUUCAUCAAAGCCAUUCUAGCCUACGGGCUGAAGCCCAAUGACAUCUUUGAAGCCAAUGAUCUUUUCGAAAACGGGAACAUGACGCAAGUCCAGACCACACUUCUUGCUUUGGGCGGUAUGGCAAAGACAAAAGGGAUGGAAACGAACUUUGACAUUGGUGUGAAAUAUGCAGACAAGCAGCAGAGACAUUUUGAUGAAGAGAAGAUGAAGGCUGGCCAGUGUGUCAUUGGACUUCAGAUGGGAACCAACAAAUGUGCAAGCCAGGCUGGGAUGACUGCCUACGGGACCAGGAGACACCUUUACGACCCCAAGACGCAGACAGAGAAACCCUAUGACCAGACCACCAUCAGCCUGCAAAUGGGCACCAACAAAGGAGCCAGCCAGGCUGGCAUGUCUGCCCCAGGCACCAGGAGGGACAUAUAUGACCAGAAGGCAGCUCUGCAACCAAUGGACAACUCCACCAUUUCAUUGCAAAUGGGAACCAAUAAGGUGGCCUCUCAGAAGGGCAUGAGUGUGUACGGCUUGGGACGGCAAGUUUACGACCCCAAGUAUUGCGCCACCCCAAUGGAGCCAAUAAUCCAUGCCAACGGCAGCCAAGGCACGGGGACGAAUGGCUCAGAAAUCAGUGAUAGUGACUAUCAGGCAGAAUAUCAAAAGGAAGAGUACCAGGGCGAAUACCACGAUGAGUACAAGGAGCAUUACAAUGACCAGGGCAUCGACUAAUAGAGAACGCUGCUGCGCUGUUAGUCAAAGCAGUAUUAACACAAUGUAUAUCAACAGAGCAAGUCUUUGCAAUGCCUUUUGCUUCUCACAGUUUCCCCUUCCCUCCCAGCGCAUGUGUUUGGGUAAACAUUUGUGAGUGGUGAUAUGUCAAUUCUGCCAUCUUAACAAUGGUGAAAUUUUUUUUAAUAAAGUGUUUUUUAUGAAGUAUGGAGAACUGUAAAGAGAAUUUUCUAGUUUUGCAGUACAAUUGUUCGUUUUACACCCAACGCCUUGUCUUUUGAGUUCAUUUUGGCCUUGCAUCUUGUGAGCGAAUUGUUAUCGCUACUUUUAAAGCUUGUUCGCCAUUGAAAUCCCGCUCUGCACCAACUGCUCUGCAGUUUGAAGACAUUCCUUCCUAAGUCAUACCUUUUGAAGUCAUUCCAUUUAGAAUUCCAAAUGGCUGGAAAUGUUACAAGCUACAAAUGUUAGCGUUUUAAAGAUUAGCUGACUGGAUGACCAACAACAUUCCGGUAUUGCUUAGUUUUUUUGUGCCAUAAUAUCGGAAAAUCUUUCCAAUUGUAUUUAUUGCCCUGCUUUUCAUUAUAAAUCCUAUUUCAUAUGGUUCUUUUAUGAAUAAAUUCUAUGUUAUAAAU